CUCCGUCUGCAUUGAUCUUGGGGCACCGCCUUCAUUGCAAGAGGAAUAUAAACAAGCUCGCCUCGGCCUCGUCGUCAUCGUCUCCACCUCGCUCGCGCCGCUGAUCUGCUGCUGCUGCUCCGCCUCCGCCUCCUCCUCCUCCUCCUCCUCCUCCGGUGUCUCUGGCGCAUUGUAGAGCUCUCGAGGCCGUCGAGUUUUGAGAGAUCAUAUUAGCAAUCACGUGGAAAAAAUAGAACCAUGAGUUCACUUCAAAGAAAUCAUUCAGGCAAGAUUCGGCAUCGCAGACAUUCAACUGAGGCUGCUCCUGAUGUUAACGGUUCUGUUAAGCCUAGUUUACUUGUUAAUGAUCAAAACAAGUACAAAACUAUGCUUGUUCGGGCACAUUCAUCAUUGUGGAUGCUACUUGGGUUUUCAUUGGUUAUCUACAUGGGACAUCUAUAUAUUUGUGCUUUCAUUGUGGGCAUUCAAAUUAUUAUGGCACGGGAAUUAUUCGCAUUACGGAAACAAGCCUAUGAAGAUAAGAAACUGCCAGGGUUCAGAAUUUUAAUUUGGUACUUUUUUUUCACUGCAAUGUUAUUCGCUUAUGGGCGUUUCAUCAGUCGACAACUAGUGAACACGGUGACUUCAGAUAAACUAUAUUAUAAGGUUGUCAGUGGGCUUGUCAAAUAUCAGAUGGUGAUAUGCUAUUUCUUAUACAUAGCAGGUUUCAUGUGGUUUAUUCUUACACUAAAGAAGAGGACAUACAAGUACCAGUUUGGACAAUAUGCAUGGACUCACAUGAUACUUCUUCUAGUGUUUGCACAAUCUUCCUUUACUGUUGCAAAUAUUUUUGAAGGAAUUUUUUGGUUCCUGUUGCCUGCUUCUCUUAUUGCAAUCAAUGAUGUUGCUGCAUACUUCUUUGGCUUCUUCUUUGGGAGAACACCAUUGAUCAAAUUAUCUCCAAAGAAAACAUGGGAGGGUUUUAUUGGUGCAUCUUUUGCAACUAUUAUUUCUGCAUUUGUACUAGCAGAUAUAUUGGGGCGUUUCCGGUGGCUAACAUGUCCAAGGAAGGAUUUGUCCACUGGCUGGCUUCACUGUGAUCCCGGUCUACCAUUCAAGCCAGAAAGUUAUCCCUUACCGGGUUGGUUUCCAUGGAAGGAAUGGUCAGUUAUGCCCAUUCAGUGGCAUGCUUUAGCACUUGGACUCUUUGCAUCAAUCAUAGCACCUUUUGGAGGUUUCUUUGCAAGUGGUCUGAAGCGGGCUUUCAAGAUCAAGGAUUUUGGUGAUAGCAUUCCUGGACAUGGUGGGUUUACAGAUAGAAUGGAUUGCCAGAUGAUGAUGGCUGUCUUUGCAUACAUCUACCAUCAAUCCUUCGUCACAUCCCAGGGAUUUUCAGUAGAGUUGAUCCUCGAUCAGAUAAUAAACCAUUUGACCGAUCAAGAGCAGCAUGAUCUGCACUUUCAACUAGGGAAGAUUCUCAGGGGAAGGCUAGAAGAACUACUACUACAAUGAAUCGUGAUUUCUAGGGCAAGCAUUCGUUAUCAGUGUGUAAGCAUUGGCCGACAGCACUGUACAUAUCGGUACCUUUCUAAACUCUUGGAAUAGAGAUGAAGUGUGUGUGUGUGUGUGUGUGUGUUUCGUUUUUGAGUUUGGAAGACGUAAUUGAGUUAGUAGUUUCCUGAACGCUCUCUGCUGCCCCUUCCUGACAAGCCUCCCUUAUCAUCACACUGUCUUUCCUUUGUUUUGUUUUGUUAUGUUUUUGUUUUUGUCUUUGGAAUAAUAGAUUUGGACAUCUGUUUUUAAGUGUCCAUAAACUACUUAUUAGUGAAUCAGAUGAAA